AUGAACCCCUCGUCGCAACCCUACCAGCCCGGCGAGCUCCCGCCCGUCCCGCCGGCGUUUCCUGGCGACGCGGCAGCCGCAAGCCUCACCGCAGAACAGGUCCAGGCGCUGCGCAACCGAAAUUAUUUACGCGCGGACUCCUACACGCGCGCGGACUCCUACGGGCGGCAGGACUCGGGCCUGUCGUUCUACGAGUACCAGAUCGGCGACGGCGACGAGUCGCCCGGCUCGCUGUCGACGGCGACGGGCUACCUGAGCCCGCGGACGCCCAUAACAUUAACGCCGAUCAUCACGCCCUCUUCGCCCGUGCCGCCGGGCGAGACGCCGGCGUACCUGCGCCAGCUCCGGCGGAGCCGCGCCGAGCGGCUGCCCGCGCCGAAGAUCGGCGGCCGGCGCCGGCGCCAGCUCACGUCGCAGAACGGCUCGACGGGCGAGCGCUUCACGGGCUUCAUCCACUUCCUCCGCCAGACCUACGGCUUCAUCCGGCGCGACACGACCGGCGCCGAGGACGUCUUCAUGCAUUUGGUAGAUGUGGACUUCGAGCCGCGCCGCGGCGACCGCGUGUCCUUCGCCCUUACGGAGUACCGCAAGCGCACGAAGGCCAUUGACGUGCGCUUCGAGGGCGUCAACGUCGAGGACGAGGAUGACGACACGCCCUGGGAGCACACGGAGUGGGCCCCGGCCGCGCAGGACAGCCUCCUGGCGGACCUCGCGACGUGGCUCGCGGCGGGCGACAAGCCGUCCCUGGACAUAUCAUCGGCCGAGGUGUUCCUCGACGCGCACCCGCGCCACGCGGCGUCCGUCAAGGCCAUCGGGCUCUCGCCGUCGCUCGCGCUCAAGGUCGCGGUGCGCGGCCGCGGCGCGGGCCACGGCCUGCGCGUCCGCGCGGGCACGCCGCCGCCCGGGCAAGAGCGCGGCACGGAGGCCUCGGUGAUCGAGGUGGUGACGCCGGACCUGCUGGCGUGCGCCUCGGUGACGCCGUCGGUCCUCGCGGCCGACGCGCUCGCGGCGAGCCGCCGCGCGCGCCUCGCCGUCCAGGCGCAGCUGGCAAAGGAGACGGCCGCGGCCGUGCCGCGCCCGCCGCCGGAGUUCGUGGCCGCGGCGCCGGCGCCCGCGCCGCAAGACUGGCCCGCGAUGCCGCCGCCGCCGGCGCGCGCCGCCCCGCCGUCGCCGCCGCGCGCGCCGGCGCCCGCCGCGCAAGAUCCACCGCCGCCGCCGCGCGCGCCGGCGCCCGCCGCGCAAGAUCUACCGCCGUCGCCGUUGCUCAUGCCGCCGCCGCCGGCGCGCGCGCCGCUCCCGGCGCAAGAGUGGUCCGCCGUGGCGACCGCGCCGUCGCCAUCGCCGCGGUCCAUCGAGACCACAAACGCCUGGCAAGAAACGAAGGACGUCUCCGCGGCGGAGGAGGCGAUGCGCGCGUUCGAGGCGUUCGAGCCCGACGCCGACGCCGUCGCGCAGCUCCUCCAGACCUCGCCGCCGCGGCGGGCGUCGCCGACGCCGAGCCCGCCCCUGUCCCUCGACGCCCUCGACCUCGAUGAGGCCGAGGAGAACGACUUGGACCUCGAGUGCGUCGUCUGCUGCGAGCUCUACGACACGAGCGUCCACGCGCCCAUGGUCCUGCCGUGCUCGGGCGCGCACGAAAUCUGCCGGACGUGCGUCGCCGCGCUCCGCAAGGCCGACGGCGCAAUCCAAUGCCCGAAGUGUCGCGAGGACGCGACGGGCGCCGUCAAUCCGAACCGCGGCCUCAUCGCCGCGCUGCGGCUGAGCCGCCGGUCGUAAAACUCCCCUUCCCGACGUCGCUGUACAUACUGCCGGGCACAAGCCUAGCCCAAUUUGAAACCGCGCGACAAGAACGUGUGCAUCCGCACGACCUACCCCA